AUGCCGGCGCCGGAGACCGUCAUCACCGGCGACGCCGCGGCCUGCCGGGAGAAGUUCGUUGAGCUGCUCUGGGAGCGGAGGGCCUGGCGGGAUCUUCAGCGGCGGUCGUGGGCGGAAAUACCGGGGGACAUCAUCGGCGUCGUGGUCGGGCGCCUCCCCUGCGCCGAGGACCGCGCCAGGCUGCGCUCCGUCUGCCAGGCGUGGCGCUCCGCCGCGGCGCGCCUCCACCGCCCGCCGCCGCCGCUUCCCCUGCUCGUCCUCUCUAACCUCACCUUCUCUGGGUUCUGCCCCGAUGGGGCCAUGACGGAGACGCGCCGCAUCCCGAUGCCCGUGGGGCUGGCGGCGGCUGGGGAUGUUCGCUGCGUGGGAUCGUGCGAAGGUUGGCUCGCCGUCGUCCAGCAGAAGAAAGCUCGCUACUUGGGCGAUAGUGCGUGUUUCUUGGUGAAUCAUUUCUCUCGGCAAGUUGUCAGUCUCCCGCCCCCUUUUGUGUCCACCCAUCUCGUCGAUGUCUACUGCAGAUCACUACCCAUCAUCAAUGGCUCCGGUGUGGUGGAGUGCACGAUCCAUGCUGCCCAGUAUGUGAUGUCGUUCUGCAAGGUGAUCCUGUCCUCGCCUCCUGACUCUGGCUCAAUGUACACGGUGGCUGCCAUCUCUGUGCACAGGAACGGAGCUAAGCUUGCCCUCUGGAGACCUGGGAUGACCUCCUGGUGCAUUUGCUAUGGAGGCUGCAUCAGUAAGUUCAGUGAUGUUGCCGUCUACCAGGGGAAGUUCUACAUUCUCAGUAAGCUCACCACAAAUCUCUUUGCGUUCGAGAUCACGGAGGAUGGUCAUGGGAUAAUGGUUUCUCGUGUUGAGAGGUGUGUCACUGAGCUGCCCCAGGUUAAGGAUAGCUACGGACAGAGGUGGAACUUGGUAGAAUGGCAUGGGAAAUUAUUGCUAGUUGUCAGAUACAUAGGUGGUUCUGAAGGUUGGCACAACAUUUGCAAGGUCAGCGUAUUUGUGAUGGACGUAAGCGCAAACCCUUUCAUAUUCACUGAGAUCAGCAGCUUGGAUGGCGAUUGCAUCUUCAUUAGCCCAUGUAGUAGCAUGUCAUUUCCUACGCAUCAUUAUGAUGGAAUUGAGGAUGAUCUUGUCUACUUCAUAGAUGGUUAUCUCUACCCUGCAAAAAAUGCCCCCCCUUUUGACAAGUUUGUGUACAACAUGAGAGAUUGCGCACUGGCACCAUUUGCGGUAGACAUAUCGGAUGACAACUUUCGAGCAUCAGAUGGCAGGGUGAUGAGUCCAACAUGGUUCUUUCCUUCUGGAUGAACUGCUCGAGAUCAACUCUGAUUCCAAGGAAUCAUGAUUGUAUAGGAUACCUUGAUGCUGCUUGGAUGGAGCACCAUUGUUUUGCUCUUUGAGAAAUGAAAACACGUGUGUUGGUGUGUCUGAUGUCUCAGUGCUUUCACACUUGUGGUAUCUCAUCUUUUGUAUUUAUGGCACUAGACUAUUCUGCUAUCUUUUUGUCGGUGAGGUAACCAGAAGCAUGACUAGCAAAAAAAAUACUUAAUGUGAUGGAACAUUAUGUUGUCAUUAUGAGAGUAUGAAUUACGUAUCAAUUUUUUACCUGCAUGUGAUAAUUUUAUUUCCUAUUCAUUCUGU